CCUUCUGUGCAGUGCUGCAUUCUGGGUAAGCCGCGUCGUUCCAGGCACGAGAGUUUCAAACCAAAGUUUGCAACCCUGAAUCUUUGAUAGUUUGUAGAACUUUAAGCACAAGCACAGUCGUGACACCUUGGUAGCAUUUAGCUCAAAAGUUUGAGAGCGGCUCCAGGCUGGAAUCCAGUGUUGGGUUCUAGGUCUACGACUGGAUCCCAGCUAAGCUACGCGGUCACAUAUUGUGGACCACUAUGCAACGUGAAGCAUGCAGGAUGAGUGGAGGGGUCCAGGAGCCUGCCAUGGCGGGGAUGAUCACUUUAGAUGACCUGGACAACAUGACAGAUGAGUUGGGGUCAGACUCCGCUUAUAACAGUAACGGGAGUGUGGAGGAAGAAGUGGAGCCCAUGGAAGAUGGCGAACAAGACAGACUACUGAACUACUGGCAAACCGUGGCCAGAGGACAUGAGGUGGAGGUGCCAAAUGAGAUGGCAGAGCCCAUUCAGCAGCUGACACGGAAUGGCAGAACAGAGGAACGGCAGAGGGUGCCCUUCCUGCUUCUCAGUUGCAAAGAAAAGUGUGGUGAAACACUGUAUGAAAAAAGGCAAUAUGGAAAAGCCAAGUGGGCCUGCAUCAAGAUGCAAGAGGAAAGAUAUGAACAAAGUAUCUGCAUGGGGUUCAUGAAGCUUAUGAGAUACAUCUGUGAGCAGAAUUCUACAGGCUCAUAUUUGGGAAUGACCAUUCCAGUUCUUACAACUGUGCACACAGAUGAAGCAAACACAGGAAUCACACGUGCUGUCACAGUGGCAUAUUAUAUCCCCUCCCAUCUUCAAGCCAACCCACCUCAACCUACAGAUCAGGAUAUCAUCAUAGAAGAGUGGCCACCCACUGUGGUCUUCUCCAGGGAAUUUCCCGGAGUCACCAAUGAGGAGUCUAUUAUGCGAGAAAUAUCCCAGCUGGCAGAGCAUCUAGACUCCCCUGAUCUGUGUUUGCAGGACACAUUUAUAGUGGCAGGAUACACAAACCCCGCCGCCGCCAACAGGAGAAAUGAGAUCUGGUUCUUAGAGAGAGCGUGAGCCCUGCUAAGUUGUUGUACACCUCAGACUCCAGUGGUACCCCCAUGGUGAAAAAAAAAGAGUUCAGUGGAGGAGGAACAAGACUCG